AGUUGCCCGGCGUGAUCUUUGAGAGAAAGAAAGAAAGGAAUCGUCCCUCUCCUCCCUUUCACGAUGGGCAGCGCCCUCUGCUGGCUGCAGAAUCCCCAGGAGGGCCCGGAGGAGGCUCAAAGGAGGGCUUCCUGCUAACACAAUGAAUGAAGACAGAGGAAUUCCUUUUUCCAAGACAAAAUGAAACUCGCCCAUCCAUGGAUUACUUCUCCAGGGGGCAGCAGCCCUUCCAUCUCCUGCAUGCUCAAAGAUGCAUUUUGGAUUCACCUCCUUGAAGGAAUACAGUUGAAGUCAAGUUCCUCUGGCUCUCUUGCUAUUUCACACACGGACUUCAAGCCCGCAAACAGGUGCUGCUGCCAGGCGCUGUAGCGGGAGGAGAACAGCCGCCACGCAGCCCCCCCGUCUCUCCUUUGCCUGCUGCUGCCUGCAGGGCUGCCUGAUUCUCUCACUAAGAAGCAGCAUUUGAGCUCCGUCACUCAUUCAUGUGGAGCACUGGCCCGCCCCGAGACCCUCCCAGCGAGCGCCCCACCGAUCUGACCCCAUUUCCUCCUCCCUCCCUUUAUUUUCCCCCAUUUCCGCAGCCGAGUCAUCCGCCGCCCCUGAAGGGGAUUCCGGAAAGGAAGUGGGGAGCACAAACUCUCGAGAAGACAGUGAGGUGGUCGGACGUGAGCUCGGGAUGGGUUUCCCUCGUGGGCCCCUGUUGCUCCUGGGGGCGGCUGCCCUUCUGCUGCUGGGGUCCUGCCUCGGCUCUUCCUCCCACUCCUUGCAAAAUUUCUACAUGAGUGUGUGGGAGCCUGGCCACAGGCUGCCCCAGUUCAUUGCUGUGGGGUACGUGGAUGGCCAGCCCUUUGUUCACUAUGACAGCAACACCAGGAAGAAGCUGCCUCUAGUGCCCUGGAUAGAGAAGGUGGUGAAGGAUGAUCCUGAGUACUGGGACACGCAGACCCAGAUCCUUCUGGGCAAUGAGCUGGCGUUCAGAGAUGCCCUGACUAAACUGCAGGCUCGCUACAACCAGAGUGGAGGGCUCCACACCUUGCAGUUCAUGUACGGCUGCGAGCUGAGCAAAGACGGGCACAAAGGAGGCUAUCAGCAGGAUGCAUAUGACGGGAGGGACUUCCUCAGCUUCGACAAGGAGACCCGCACCUGGACGGCAGCCGACGCGGCAGCCGAAAUGACCAAGAGGAAGCGGGAGGCUGAGCCAGGCUAUGCCCAGGGGUAUAAGGAGUACCUGGAGGAGGAAUGCAUUGAGUGGCUGCAGAAGUACCUGGACUACGGGAAGGAGACGCUGCUGAGGAGAGAGCGUCCAACAGUGAAGGUGACACGCAAGGCAGGCAGUGACGGGAUGGAGACCCACAUCUGCCGGGCCCACGGCUUCUACCCCAAGGAGAUCGACAUCGACUGGAUGAAGGAUGGGAAAGUCUGGACUGAGGACACCUUCCUUGGACAAGGCCCCAACUCGGAUGGAACCUACCACAGCUGGCUCAGCGUUGAGAUGGACCCUAAGGACAGGGGCCACUACCGGUGCUGCAUAAGGCACGACAGCCUAGAGGAGCCUGUGGACUUCGUCUGGGAGGACUCUGCCUCUCUGCCCGUGGGAGCCAUUGUGGGAGCCAUCUUGGCAGUGGCAGCUGCUGUUCUGUUGGUGACUGGCAUCGUCCUCUACAUCAGGAAACGCCAACAGAGACUACAAAGCAGCACCAGAUGAGUUUCUUCUUCUUCUUUGCAAGACUGAAUGGAAAAGCAGUGUCCAACAUCAUAAAUUACUCCAUAGCACUACUGAGAGGAGUUAUACUAUGAUGAUUUCAGUAGGACUACUCAAGAGUAAUUUGGUCUGGAUAUCAGCCAGUAUCUCUGUUUCAAAAAUGAGACAGGUGCAAAAUGCUGUUGCCAAGUUAGUGCUAAUGUUGUAGUGCUAAUGUUGGGACCCACUUCCAUAGGGCCAGUGGCUCCCACUUUGCUCUCAGUUACUUUCUGGGUUCAGUUCGGGGUGCUGCUCCUUGCCUUCAAAGCCCAACAUGGUUUGGGUCCAGGGUGUCUUCAAGAUCACCUGCUUCCAUAGGAUUCCGCCUGCUGGUUGGGGUUUGCUAGGGAAGGCCUGAUUUGCAUGCCAAGGCACACAGAGUAGGUGGGACAGGGCCUUUUCUGUAGCUGCCCCCAGGCUCUGGAAUUCCCUCCCAUAGGAAGUUUGAACUGCCCCCUCCCAUCUCACCUUUGGAAGGCUGAUCCCUCAACCUUGGCUGGUCAAGAAAGAGGGUUCCCUAGUCCUUGGUUCUGUGUUACUGCUGAUGUGCUAUUUCUAAAAUUUCUAUUUUAUUUCUGCACUUUAUGAUGCUUUGAAGUUUGUUUAGUCUCUUUGGAGGCUCUUUUGCAAAGCAGGGUAGGAGAAUAAGAAUGAAUGAAGACAGCAGCUGAGAAGUGUGUGAGGAUCCAGAGUACUUCGGAGGGCCCUGAAGGCCACAGAGGAGCUGCUGCUGCUGUCAGGCACAAAACUCCCCUGCCCCACAUGAAGGGGUCUGAGUAAGCCAGCUCCAUGACAUGAACUGCCAGGCUGCUCAAAGUGUUUGGGGAUCAUAAGGAGCCUCGCCUGCUUCUUAACCUUGGGCCCCAAGAUUAUGUGGGACUACAACUCCCAUCAUCCUCAGCCACAAAAGUCAUGUCAGGGGAUGAUGGGAUUUGUAGUCCAACAUAAUCUGACGACCCAAGGUUCAGAAACCCUGAUAUAGAGUAUUCGUAGAUACAGAAAUACUCCAUUUGAAAAUGGAAGCUGUUUCUGAUUACCUUUCCUCUGUAGAAAUUACAUAGCUCCCUUCUGCACAGCGCAAUAGUGUUUACCAGUAGGCUGUUAAUACUGCUUUAUUCCUUCAUGCACAAUGAGAAUUAAACUAGCUUUAAAGUGGUCUCAAAAGACAUCGUUUUCAUCAGGGAUUUGCAACAAAACACCAGAACCUGGGACGUUCCUCAGGCAAGCCUGCAGAUGCUCUUAUCUACCAUUGAGCUAGGGUUGAAUCCCCUAAGGGGAAUUCCUUACACUGCUCACGUAGAGUCACCCAUCCAAAUGCAAACCAAAGCAGCCCCAGCUUAACAAAAUCACGCUCGCUACCCCAAGACCUGCUCUCCCUCCCAAUGGAGACCUUGAUGUUUCCAUUGCAGCCACAGAGUCAGCUGAGGGAACCCAGAGGAGACAUCAGGCGGUCUGGAGACCAAUCUGUCAUUUCUUGACCUACAAUUGUUCAGAUCUGCUCUCUCCAGCCCAGCCCACUCCAGUUGAAUUCAGAUUCACCAGGCAAAGAGCUCUGGGCAGAGCACAACCAGGAAGCCAAUAGCAGAGAGCGAAUCGGCUGUUUCCUGGGCAAAAAGGAGGACCAAUCAAGACAACCCUUGGAGAAGGUGCUGCUCUCCACCUCCCCCACUUCCCACUGGAUGGAUUUCUUGUCACUGCUGCCAGCCAGAUAUUCAGCCCCAGAGGCUCUCCUACCCUUGGACUUCUGGGCCAAAGUCCAGGGCCCCCCAAUCCUCUCUAGUCUGUCCUGGGUGGUGUGUGUUCGCCACACCCUGGGCCCACACUGUGCCAGGCGGCUGAGUGUGAUGGUGAACUGUGCUGGGUGCUCUAAAGACUGUGAGGGGAGCAGGGAAAGAAAUAUGUGGGAAAGGAAUAUGUUAAGCUGUGUGUUGAAAUGUUUCUGCUAGUGCAUAGUUGCAUAAAUAUCCCUGUUUUAUAUUCUUA